AUGUACAACCUGAGUUGGUCUAAGUUCGUGGAAUUGAUCCGCAAGACUUAUUGCCCACCUCACGAGGUGGAGAAAGUUGAAUCUGACUUUCUAAGAUUGACCAUGAAAGGCCUAGAGUGUCGAGCUUAUGUAUCUGAAUACAACUCUUUAUCAAGACUCGUUCCGUAUUUAAUUACCCCCGAGUCCAAGCGCAUUGCAUGGUUUCUUGGAGGGCUCGCUCUAGAAAUCAAGGGGAUGGUUAAAUCCUCCAAACCUGCGACUUAUAGAUCCGUUGUGGAUCUGGCUCUUUCUCUCACUGAAGAUGAAAUAAGAGCAAGGGUGACUAAAGCCGAGGAGGAUCACAAGCGAAAGUGUGAUGAUACCUUGCGUAAAGAUUACAAAAAGGGUAAGACCGGUUCGAAUUAUAACCAGUCCAAGCCAAAUGAGGCAAAACCCAAAUGCAAAACAUGCGGGAAGCAACACUUCAGAAAAUGUCUCCAUGAGCAGAACAAGGGUUGUGGCAUCUGUAAGGAGAUGGACCACAAGUCUCAUGAAUGUAAAAAUUUGAAAGACGCCACCUGCUAUGGAUGUGGCGAGAAAGGGCAUAUAAAGACCCGCUGCCCAAAGAGGGCGACUGACAGGAAAAAUUAG